CAUAAAUAGAGCAAAUUAAUACGAACAAUCGCAUAUCGAACCAAUUUCAUGAUUAUUGAUUAUCAUGUAUUCAUAAACAAAGUAUGAGUGAUAUAUGCAUGUUUACAGUUUUGUGUUAAUGAAUUAAUUUGUGUCCACUUGUACAUAAAAUGUGUAUGGCUAAAUUUAAAUUAGACAUCAAACCAGUCAGGUUUAUAUUUGAAAUCUUAUGUGUAAAUAUUUGUCUCUCUCAGUGUUGAUCUCUAUGUUAUACAUACACAAACUUAUUCGUUUUCUAAUGUUACUGUAAAGCCGAGUACACAGUAUCAUAUUGUUCCAGGAACGUGAAAGCUUUGGGAUUUACAACACCAAUAGAUUAAAACAGAUGAUAAACAAUAUUGUGAUAUCGUAAGAAGAAUUUUUAUCAAGUCGCUAGAAUUCAUAGUCGAAAAUAUAUUCUAUCUUGUUAUUCCUUGAAUUUGCUAUCAUGAUGGAAAUGGUACUAUCUACAAAACAUAAUCCAUUGGUAAUAAGUUACUCGGUAUUAUAUUACGCUCUCUUAUUGACAUGUAUGGUUCAUACAAAUUCACAAACAGUAUUCAUUCCUGAAUUAUCAGAAUUCAUAGAGCAGACAAAGAAAAACGAAUCUACUGUAAAAGAACUGCUAGUCGACUUAUUAACUGCUGACAAUCUAUCACAAGUUCAAUAUUCAGUUCAGAGUAUACCAGUUAGACUGAAUGUUUCACUUACGAAUGUAGAAUAUUGUCUCAGUAUGCUUUUAACCAACAAUCAAAGUUUAUGUCUUUUUCAAUUCUCUUCUGAUAUUCUAAUGAACAUGGAAAAUAGUUCAUUAACCCUUGUAAAUAAUAAACAUACAUUGCCUUACAUAACUAGAUCAUUUACUCAACUCAAACCAGUAUUAAUUAUGAAAUGUUUCAAAAAUAAUUGUUCAAGUCAAUUAGAUUCAUCAUUUUUAAACGGAAUGUAUUUUUUAUAUACAUUCCAUUCAUCUAUUUGGUCAUUAAUUCUACUAUAUACAUUGACAACCGGUUCAUUGUUAUUUGUGUUCGAGUAUACAAGACCCUCAUGUGACAAAUAUACAAAAAUUUCACCUUCAAAUGAACCAAGUUUGAAUUUGUGGGAUUCAUACGUGUACGUUAUUAUGGGAUUAUUCUUACAAUCCUCAUACAAAUUGCCUAAAUCAUGGGGCGGAAUAACAAUAACUUUAUUCUGGCAUGCAUUUUGUUUAAUAUGCAUUAUUGCUUAUGCAAUGGGUACAUCAGUGUUGAUUUUCAAACAGUAUACCGAUAAUGACUUGAAAUAUCAUCCUUAUUUAAACAGUCAGAACCAAACAAUCUAUUGUGAUUUAAAUCCAAAUGUAUGUAAUUAUUUUGAAAAGAAGUUCUCUUUUCCAAUGAAAUUGGUAAGCGGGAAACUUUCAUCAGAUGACAUUAAUACAUCAGUGAUAAUAUUAACAGAUCAUAUUCAUGGUAAUUAUCUACAAUCAUUAAAACAUCGAAAUACUGAUUGGAAUUAUAUCAAGUUAGAUUGUAAUGAAGAUGAAAAAGAUAAUGGUGAGAUUGUUAAUGACAGUGGAAAUUUCCAAGAUAUGCCUCUAAUGGAAAUGGGAUUUUUAACAUUCAGUGAAAAAUCACUUUGGAAAAUGAAUGUAUACUUGAAAUACUUACAGGAUUCUGGAAGACUCUACAGCAUACAAUAUAAAAAUGAACAGGCAUUUGACUUUACAACUAAACUUCAAGUACAUAACAAUUUAUGUGUAACAAAAGAAGACAGAAAUUCAAAAAUUCCAAUACGUUUAAAACAAAUGAACGGACCAUUGUUAUUUAUGAUUAUCGGAGGCUUAUGUGCUGUUAUUAUGCAUAUAAGUGAAUAUAUUUAUUAUAUUGUUAUGAAUAGAUAAUUUUUCCAAAGAUUUAUUUCCUCUGGAGAAAUUAUUCCUUGAAUCAUUAAAAACUAAUUGACACAUAAAUAAGUAAACUUUUAUCUAUUGGUCAUUGUGUUAAGUUUACGAUGGCUAGAAUUGAUUUACCAAUUAGUGGUGAUCAAUAAGAGCUUAAUUUGCAAAUGUAUUAUUAACACCUAUUGAUAUGAUUGAAUGCAUUAAAAUGAAUAAAUAUACUAUUUUAUUGA